AUGCGGAACUGUAUUGCAAGUGUCAGUGGCUACCCCGGAAAAGCCAGUGAGAGAAGCCAGGAGUCCCUGGGAAAGAAAGCUUCGAUAGACCGGCAGAAGAUCACGGCAGGUGAGACGCGGGCCGGGCCAUGGAGCCUCGGUAUCCUCCUAGCCCUGUAUCAUACCUGGUGCAUACAUCGGAGGAUUGUAUGGGCGACAGAGAGUUGUCGGUUCAUACGGGGUGCCGUGUAUAAGCUUUUCGUCGGGCAGCUGAUCCCUUCUGCGGACCUGCGCUUUGUGGACGAACCUCCAGGCUACUGCUAUCGGUGUAUACCCUCGACUUCUCGUUCCAAGUCUUCCUUUUAG